UUGUAGUACCCUGGAGAUUUGACCCCUAAUUAGACCAUAGUGCCGGAUCGGAAUAUGACCAUCACCGCGACAACUGUGCGAUAAUCCGAAUGUCAAAAAUAAAGAUUAUUCGUUUACGGAUCGUUGUACUGACAACACCUUCAGCCUUCUGUUAAUUCUUCUGCCUUCCGAUUUUGUGCCUUUUAUAAGUUCAACGUUUAGUUCAAAUUAGUAAAAUUCGAGGUUUACAUCUCAGAAGUGGGAUUGUGCCAUGCCGUCUAAAGAAGAUAUGUUGUGUGCGCUGGAGAACGCGAAAGUGCCGGUGCCUCCAACCGCUACGAUUGCUCAAAUCCGCAUGUUGUACGAGGAGCUAUUUCCUAGAAGUCACGUUGUAGCCGAACAAAAGCUUGCGCCCGAAGUAACGCAUGAAAGUGUUGAUACUGGGGAUUUGGCGAUAAAGCAAAUGAAUGACGAGCAAGAAAUUGUCAAGACAGCUAAUUCUGGCGGGUUAGAGACGGAAUUAGAAACACUGCAGAAGGAGCUGCAAGUGCUCGAACUUCGUCAGAAAAUCGCUAUGCUGAAGUCAUCUAACAUCGCUUCGACUUCGCUACCAUCAUCAUCAUCACCACCACCGCUGCCUUUACCUACAGCGCAGCCAGUGCCGCCAUCUUUAACAUCGUCACCACCGCUCCCUUUGCCGCUACCUACAGUGCUGCCAGUGUAUGUACCCAACUUUGAAGACUUCAUAGGAAAAUUUAGUGGUGAAAGAGGAGGAGUAGGCGUGGAGCACUGGUUUCGAGAAUUUGAACAAGUAUGUAGCUUGUACACACUAAACGACCAGCUGAAAUUUUUCUGUAUGCGCCGCCUGCUCACCGACACCGCCGCCAUUUUUGCUAAAACCUCAGGCGCAUGCACCUAUGAGACACUGAAAGCUGACCUUAUUAGUACUUUCACAUCAAAAACUUCACUAGAAGAAGUGUUUAAAAAACUAAGGGCACGACAUCUCUCGCAACAUGAAAGCAUCACAAGGUAUGUGUUGGAAAUGCAGCAAAUAGCGGGCACCGUCAUUCCAGAGGAAGACUUGGUCAAUAUUAUAAUUGACGGAAUUGAUGAUCCUAUUAAUACGUCAUCCAUACGUUUCGCUGCAAAAUCGCUCGAGCACCUUAAAACCCUGCUGAAAAAAUACGAAACUUUUCGUCAAACUCGUGGCGUGACUCCUACACCAGCACCGUUACGCACUAAACCCCCAGCUCCACCCCGCAGCACUGGCCCCUCGCGUCAAUGGGCGCAGAACAACAAUAAUGAACCGGCCAGAUGCUUUAACUGUUCUCAAUUCGGCCAUUAUCAAAGCGCUUGCCCAAUGCCACGCCGCCCCAAGGGAUCCUGUUUUAAAUGCCACCAAAUGGGACAUACACAUCGAGAGUGCCGAAACUUCCAGCCCGUUACGACUGCUGCGGUGCACCAUCUGGGUUCCCAUGGAUUCGAUGAGGAAACUGCGGACCAAAUACUGCUUAGCGAAAUUGAAACGCCGACCCAAACGGAUAAUUAGUGACCGAGGUACCUGCUUCACGUCCAACCAGUUCGAAAAUUUCCUUAGAUCAAAUGAGGUACAGCAUGUACUCAACGCUACUGGUUCACCACAAGCAAACGGACAAGUCGAAAGGGUUAACCGCGUACUUCGACCCAUACUCAGCAAACUUUCGGACUCUUAUGAUCACGAUGAUUGGAAUUUGCAUUUACUGGAUGCUGAAUAUGCGUUGAAUAAUUCAAAGCACGCCAGUACGAAGUUUUCACCCUCAGUUCUCCUGUUUGGUAUUGAACAACGGGGUCAUUUAAUUGAUGAACUAACGGAGUUUUUAGACGAGCGUCGUGGAAGUACACUAAAUGAUUUAAGCGACAUUCGGGCUGAAGCAUCGGCAAAUAUAAUUAAAUCUCAGCUUACCAAUGAGGCAUAUUUUCGUAAAAAUCAUAAACCAGCAGCUAAAUAUGAAGUUGGAGAUUAUGUAGUAAUGCGGAACAUUGAUAGCAACACUCAGCAGAAUAAGAAGUUGAUUCCUAAAUAUAAAGGUCCGUACAUAGUCCAUAAGGUAUUGCCUAACGAUCGCUAUGUCAUUAGGGACAUUGAGGGCUGUCCAAUAACUCAGAUGCCAUAUGAUGGCAUAUUAGAAUCAAACAAGUUGAAGAAAUGGAGUGAGCCGUAUGAAACCGUUAACGAAAUUUGAAUUACUAAUAUUUACACAUAAAUUGAGGUCAAUUUGUUGGUUAGGAUGGCCGAGCUGUAGUACCCUGGAGAUUUGACCCCUAAUUAGACCAUAGUGCCGGAUCGGAAUAUGACCAUCACCGCGACAACUGUGCGAUAAUCCGAAUGUCAAAAAUAAAGAUUAUUCGUUUACGGAUCGUUGUACUGACAACA